AUGGAGCCCCUCAUAGCCAUAGUCGGUGCCACGGGCACUGGCAAGUCUAAGCUUGCAGUGGACCUGGCUACUCGUUUCAACGGUGAAAUUAUCAACGGAGAUGCGAUGCAAAUGUACCGCGGUCUCCCCAUCAUCACGAAUCAAAUUCCAAUGGAUGAACGAAACGGUAUCCCACACCACUUAAUUAGCUGCAUUGAUUUGGAGGAAGAACCAUGGCGCAUAGGAUUGUUCAAGAGCGAAUGUCUUCGAAUUAUUAAGGAUAUCCACUCCAGAGGGAAACUCCCAAUUCUGGUGGGCGGAACUCACUACUAUACACAAGCUGUGUUAUUUAAAGGCCAGCUCGUCGGGGAGGGAUCGGACGAGUUCCAGGGAUCAGGCCCACGCUCCGACAGAGAAACAGAGGAAUCGUCGUCAAAGUGGCCAAUUCUCGAUGCCCCGACAGACGUGGUGUUGCAGAAAUUAAGAGAGGUUGAUCCGGUCAUGGCCGACCGAUGGCAUCCAAACGACUCGCGAAAAAUUCGCCGUUCCUUGGAGAUCUACUUUCAAACGGGACGUCCUGCAUCAGAGGUUUACGCCGAACAAAAACGCCUGAAGCAGACGACUUUGGCCAACGGUGAUUUUACUGCGGGCGAGGGCCAGCUACGGUUUUCGACGAUGGUUUUCUGGAUUCAUUCAGAGAAGGAGGCUCUUAUUGCUCGACUUGAAAAAAGAGUGGAUGCGAUGAUCGAGCAAGGCCUGAUGUCUGAAGCACAGAGGAUGUCAGACUAUAUCCGAGAAAGAAGGACACAAGGCUCUAGCAUCGAUCCGACACGGGGUGUUUGGGUGGCGAUUGGGUUUAAGGAACUAGCGCCUUAUUUUGAAGCGCUGCACAAGAGUUCCCUAAGCGUUGACGAACUAGAGUCCCUUAAAAAGUCUUGUAUUGAGUCUAUCAAGAUUGCUACCCGCCAGUAUUCGGCCUCGCAAAUCAAAUGGAUUCGAAACAAAUUAUGGAAUUCUCUUGCAGAGACCGGUAUGACGCAUCGCCUUUACCUCCUAGAUAGCACAAACGUGGGAGACUGGAGGACUUGCAUCACGGAGCCGUCCGAGCUCCUAACCCAGGCCUUACUCAAAGACGAAUCUACGCCGGACCCGAAAUCAUUCUCAGAGUUAGCAAGAACCAUCCUAGGCGCAAAAGAAGCUCGGUCGCAAAAGGGUCCAGGUUCCGCGGCGAAAUGUUUCACCUGCCACAUUUGCCGCAAAACAAUGGUAAACGAAGAACAGUGGCACAUCCAUCUCAAUGGACAUAGCCAUAAACGAGUUCUCAAGGCUAUGGCCAAAAGAGCAGAACGUGAGGAAUCUCUACAAGCUCGAAAAGAAAGUACGAGAAGGAUCUCUUGUGACAAUGAAUCACUAGAAGAGCAGAACUCUCUUUCAGACCUAUUCCAAUAG